CGAUUAGUUUUUAAGGUAAUAAACAUUUAAUUUUACAUUAGUACUAAGCAAUGUAAAAACGUCAGCUAAACACUCAGCUUUCCAUUAAAUAGGAUUACAUUUGAAUUUUGUGAAUAAAUAAUAGCCUACACAACCUAAAUAGGGCUAUUAUUCAACAAAUAGUACAACAGCGUACAGCUCAGAUAUCUAUUCAUAUUUGACAUGUUUUCUUUUCUUUUCUUUUCUUUUCUCUCAUGAAAUGUCUCAUGGUUUCAUUCAGAGGGAGAGCUGGAUCAGAAGCACUGGGCAGAAAAGUUUCAUGAGUGUGCGGGGAACCAACAGUCUCCUAUUGACAUUCAGCGGCGCAAAGUGCGUUACAAUCCGCAAAUGCCACAGCUGGAGUUGACAGGUUAUGAUGAGAUCCACGGGAGUUUUCGCAUGAAAAACAAUGGACAUUCAGGGUAGGUUAGUUUCCCUUCCAUAAAUAUUAUCCACAAUCUUGUUAUGACAGUGGAAAUUCAGCUGCCACACACUUUGAUGAUUACCAAGGGGUUUCCAGAUCACUACACUGCUGUCCAAAUGCAUCUGCACUGGGGAGGCUUGGAACUGGAGGCCAGUGGAUCAGAGCACACAUUGGACGGCAUCCGCUACAUGGCCGAACUGCAUAUCGUUCACUACAACUCUGAAAAGUACAGCAGCUUCAAAGAGGCCAAAGAUAAACCAGAUGGCCUAGCAGUUUUAGCCUUUUUUUAUGAGGAUGGGCAUUUUGAGAACACAUACUACAGUGAUUUCAUUGGAAACCUGGCAAAGGUCAAGUAUGCAGGCCAGUCCAUGAAUAUAACUAACUUGAAUGUACGCUCCAUGCUACCAGAAAACCUCAACCACUUUUUCAGAUAUCAAGGCUCUCUCACCACACCACCAUGUCACGAGAGCAUUCUGUGGACAGUUUUUGAUACCCCCAUCACCCUCUCUCACAAUCAGAUCAGGAAAUUGGAGAGCACAUUAAUGGACCAUGAAAAUAAGACCCUGUGGAAUGACUACCGCAUGGCCCAGCCUCUGAAUGACAGAGUGGUGGAGUCCUCUUUCCUCCCACGUCUGGGCACAGGAGGAAUUUGCCGUCAAGAGGAGAUCGAGUCUAAGCUUAAAAGGAUUGAGAGCCUUAUUAUGUCGCUGGACAAAAAAGUGCUUUCAGGACAACCAUCUACAAGUAUGGGCCCGCAAUCCCUAUCGCCAAUGGUCCUUUACUUCACUGAAAAGAAUCUGGAGAGUUAUGCCUUGGUUAACUUGAUUCAUCCAAUGAACCUACAGUCCUUCACAACCUGCAUGAAUGUCCGUACACCACCCACACACGACCUCACCGUGAUGUCCUACUCCACCUCACGCAAUGACAACGAGCUCAUGAUCACUUUGGGCUUUGAAGUGGGUAUCUGGAUCGGUAAUGAGUUUGUGAAUUUGCCUUUUAACUAUCAAUCCCAAGACUGGACAAACUACUGCUUUACCUGGGCCUCUCAUACUGGAGGGGUUGAAUUGUGGGUGAAUGGACUGAUUGGUGAAGAACGGUAUAUUCGGUCAGGCUAUACCAUUCCAUCUGGAGGAACCCUUAUUCUGGGGAAGGACCAGGAUGGCUUUUUAGGAAUCUCAGCUACAGAUGCGUUUGUGGGCCAAAUGACAGAUGUGAAUGUGUGGGAUUACGUGCUGACUAAGGAUGAGAUUGAUGAGCAAAUGUUGUGUGGUAAUAGCAAAGCAAAAGGAAAUGUCUUGAGCUGGGGCAUCACUCAGCUCAGUCUGUAUGGAGGAGUUCAGCUGCAGGCUGAACAGGUUUGCCACUGAAAAAAGCACUACUGCCAGCAGACAGGCUCAGAACUUUUUAAAUGACUGUCAAUAUCAGCAGUACUAGCUUUGCUAACUUGUACUGUAUACUGUCCCAAGGGAUUAAAUGCAAUUUAAGAUGAAAACUAUAAAAUUGUAUUCACUCUAUAUUUUAGAUGUAAGUACAGUCCAUAAUA